CAACUAAAUACGGCACACAACGCGCUCCUAUCAAUCAAAUAUCAAUCAAAGCAUUGUGGUUGUUUUGUAUUGUACCAAAAAAUAUCGUCGUAAAAAUGGAAAAAAAUAGUACAAAGAAGGCGGUGAAAAGAAAGCGCACCCAGGCUCCAAUUGGAUCCACAGAUUCUGCUGAUUUAUACAUUGAGCAACUCCAAAACAAUGAUGAAGAUCGCAUCGAAGCUUCACCAAACGUAAACGGUGACAAUCUCUCAAACGAUGACUGGAGCUCAUCAGACGAUGAGCAGCUGAUGCAGAUAAUAAAAUCCAAGAUAAAUCCAAAUGACAAAGUCAACUAUAGAACGCGACUAAAGCGAAUAAACUGGAAUGAAGUCGCAUUCAAAAGUUAUACCGCGAAAGAUUGUGAGGAGCGCUUUCGAAGUCAAUUGAAGCAUGUACGUCGUCAGCGCAAUUUAAACGAAAUUGUCACUGACAUUGAAACAUACGUAAAAGAGAGAGAUCAAAAGAAGCCACUAAGCAGCUACCAACUAUUCGUCAAAGAAAAAUUUGCACGUUUCAAAUCCGAUGAAAAGUUCUCGGAAAAAAUUAAGAAAUUUUCAACCCAGUACAACGAAUUAUCAUCUGAAGCGAUGCUCCCAUAUAUACAGAAGGCUGAACAACUCCGAUCCGAAUAUAAUCAAAAGAAAGAAAAUUCGAAUUCGGUCAACGUUCCGAAGAAUGACAAGCCCACACCAUUCCAACUAUAUGCCGAAAGUAGAAAGUCCGAAGGGGAGAGCUACAAAACUUCACGUCAGAACUAUGCAAAUCUUUCACGGGAUGACAAAUUCGAAUGGAUCAUUAAAGCAGUAAAUAAAUCUCGAAAUGGAACGGAGAAUGUGUUGAGCAUUUUGAGUAAAGAGGAGCAGCGAAUUUACAAUGGUGAAGUCAAAAGCACACCAACAUCAUAUGCGCUGUAUGUCAAGGACAAAUUGGAAGGCGGUCAACUCACCAAGAGUGCAAUUCCUGAAAUCGGACUCCAAUGGAGGUCAAUCGAUCCAAAAAAGAAGGAAGUUUACAGAAAGGCCGCUGCUAUUUUAAAAGAGAAGGCCAUCGAAGAACAAAAGGUAUUCAAUGAACGCCAUGGUAUUGUUGUGCCUCAAAAGGUGAAGCGAAGAAGAGCGACAGUCGUUGAACGACCACUUGGUGAUGAUCAUGCGGAAAUGACAUCAGAACCAGAGCCGAAGAAGAAACGAAGGAGUUCACUAUCAAAUGCCCAUGCAUUUGAUUCAUUUGAGACAAAUGCUGAACAAAUUCAACAAAAUCCAUCGCCAAAAUUUACUUUACACGAUGAAGUGAUGACCGAAGAAGGGAAGAAAUUGAACACAAUUCCUGGUGAAUGCAAUUCCAUGGACGGAAAUGAUGGGUCUGCCAGAUCGGUCCAAGCCAACCCGAAGACGGAAGGUAGAAAAGAUGAAAAAUCAAAAAAUGCCAAACCUGAGGAACCGCCAAUGGAUCUUUUCAGUUAUUUUGCCAAGUAUAUUCAUACCGGCAAGUCACGCAAAGCGAUAAAGAAAUUCGGUAAACUGACGACGGAAGAACUCAAGCAAUUCAAAGCUGGGUUCAACGCAAUGUUGGGAAGAUACAUAGCGACAUUGUCGAAUGAGGAGGCUGUUGCCUAUGUUACAAAAAUCGAAGCAAACCAGGGUGUUGAAAAUGACAUCGAUGAUGAUUCUACAAAUGGAAAAAGUCCACAGGCUACCGUGAAAGAGAAAGCCAUCGAAGAACUCAAUGAGCACCAUGGUAUUGAUGAGUCUCUCAGUUCGGCCAGUGUAAGCCCGAAGAAGGAAGCGACGAAAGUCGAACAUCCCGGCAAUAAACCGCCGCCAGACGUUUUCAGCUAUUUUGUGAAGCAUAUUUAUGAGGGUAAGCCAAGCAAAGCAAAAAAGGCAUUCGGAAAAUUGACGAAGAAACAAUUCAAGCAGUUCAAAGCUGAACACAAUCAAAUGGUGGAAAGGUAUAAGACACAGCGAAACAAGUAUAUGGCAUCGUUAUCAAAAGACGAGAGAAAUGCUUUUAUUGCGAGUCUUAAAGCAGACCAGGGUGUCAAAGUUGGCAAUUCGGGAGAAGGUUCACAGGACUAGAAUAAAUCAAACCAUCCGAUGAGUCAUUGCUUCAGUCGAACUGAUGACAUAGUUAUCCCAGCGGUUCGAAAUUAAGAAUUAUUUCGUCAAGUAUUAUCGUUAACGUUGUAAUCUAUUCAAAUAUAUGCAGUAAAUGUAUUUAGCUGUCGUCAUCUGGAUAUUACAGCUCAUCUGGAUAUCGUCAGCAGA